AUGUCAACGCCAUCAGCGCCUAAAUAUCCAGAUUUGAGGGGCAAGGGUGCUAUUGUCACAGGGGGCGGCUCGGGUAUUUGUAAUGCCUUUGUCAAGAAGCUGCACGCAGCAGGGGCAAAUGUACUGAUUGCGGACCUUCGCCUGCACAAGGCUGCGCAAGAGUGGAUGGAUAAUCUCAAUCAAGCCAGUGCUCAAAGCGGGACCCGGAAUGGAGAUGGCCCUGCACCGCGUGUCGCCUUCACCAAGAUCGACGUGACGGACUGGGACCAGCUCGAGGGUGUCUUUGACGUCUAUGAAAAGGAAUUUGGAGGACUACCAUACCUCAUUUGUCCAGGUGCCGGCGUCUAUGAGCCUUCCGCCCCAAAUUUCUGGAAUGAACGUGAAGACAAGUCAUAUUUGGUCCUGCGAGUGAACCUGGAACAUCCUAUUCGAAUCUCGCGCAUUGCCAUUAGGCGAUGGGUCGCGGCAAAUCAGUCCGGUAACCUUGUGCUCAUCUCGAGCGUCGCAGCGCAGAAAGCCAGCCUUUUGACGCCCCUGUACGGAGCGUCAAAGCACGGAAUUAGCUGUUUCGUGCGAGCCAUGGCUGGCCUGGACAAGAUGGCCAACAUUAGGGUCACUGCAGUAGCUCCAGGGCCAACUAGGUCACCUCUAUUCACCGAUGACCCGAAAGCACUUAGCUUUAUUGAUCCGGAAAAGGACAAGCUGGCACAUCCAGAUGAGGUUGCUCAGGGUCUUCUUGGUGUAGCUUUCUCGGAGUCUGGUUUCCCAGCCGGUACUAUUCUCGAGGUUACCCAUUGCAACCAAUGGAGGGAGGUGAAAUUGCUGAAUGACCCAGGCCCAGGAGCCCACACUUUCCCCAGCAAAAAGGACCAAGCAAUAGUCGAUGUACAGAAAGCCUUAGAUGCGGACAGAGCAUGGAAGCGGUGA